UAAUUUCUUUUUUGCACGCAUUUCCUUGAUACUUUUUAAUUUUUAGUCAAUGGUACAUAUUUCAGUAAUUCUACUGUAAAUCUACUGUCUCCAGGAUGUUCCACGAGGAAGCUGCAGUGUCGUUCCAGAAUGCAACAGGAGGGGGAGGACUUGCACUGUUUUUUGGGAUCAUCGCCAGUUUCCCGCUGGGCUGGCACGGAGACAAACCAAAAGCAUUUGCGAACAAUGAAGUUCUAAAAAUUAGGGGCGAAAAAUAUAAGCCAUUGUGGAAUUUCAUACCUUGUAUGCCGAGAGGCAGAUGCGGUUUAGAUCGAGUUCUAGAGUCGUGCUUAAUGUUCUUAACGCUUAUUCUAGCCUUGGUUUCUGACGAGAGAUUUAUCAGUUUAAGAAUAAAAGCAGCAGCCAGAAACCUGCGUUUUUGCAGUGUGCUUUUUCUGUUGCAGGAUUUCACUAGUGAAAGCUCUUUCUGUGCAGCAUGACACAAGCUGGUGUCAAUUUACAGGGGUGUUUUUUUUCCCAGAGCUUUGAGCAGCUAGUCCGUCAUAGAUCCACCCAUGGACCUCCUUUGCUGUAAACCACUCAUUCCCUGCCUCCUCUUCCUGCUGGCAUUUCAGUCCAGAAGUUAAGGACUGAAACUGAGUAUUUAAUUCCUUCGGUAUUAGUCAACGUUUAGACAAAAGGGAAGCAAUGCUUCGGGUGAUUGUGGAAUCUGCUACCAAUAUUCCUAAAACCAAGUUUGGGAAACCAGAUCCUAUCGUUUCUGUUAUUUUUAAAGAUGAAAAAAAGAAAACAAAGAAAAUUGAAAAUGAACUCAAUCCUGUUUGGAAUGAGAUUGUUGAAUUUGACUUGAAAGGAAUUGCUCUGGAUAAUUCAUCUUCCCUAACAAUUAUUGUGAAGGAUUUUGAAACAAUUGGACAAAACAAAUUAAUUGGCAGUGCAUCUGUAGCACUUAAAGAUCUUGUAGGUAACCAAAGCAGAUCUUUUCCCUUCAAACUCAUACCUCUACUGAAUGAAAGGGGACAAGAAACUGGAGCAACAAUUGAUUUGGUAGUGGGAUAUGAGCCACCAGCUGGACCUGCAAAUCCAACUGAUCCAGGAGGGACCAGUGCACAGGAAGAUGGAGAAGAUGAUGGAGAUUACGAGGAUGGGUUGGAUGGUCCAGUUGGUGGUGUCACACCAACAGUUCCAAGUGGCACAAAGGAAGCCCAGCUAGCUAAACGCAUCACCAAAGGAAAGAAAACACGGAGAAUCCUCUCUAACAAACCACAGGAUUUUCAGAUUCGCGUUAGGAUCAUUGAAGGUCGUCAGUUGCCUGGAAAUAAUAUAAAACCAGUAGUCAAAGUUCAUGUUUGUGGUCAGACACACCGAACAAGAAUCAAAAGAGGAAAUAAUCCAUUUUUUGAUGAAAUAUUUUUCUACAAUGUGCACAUGACUCCUUUAGAGCUGCUUGAUGAAACCGUGAGCAUUCGGGUGUAUGAUUCUCACUCUCUACGAGCAGACUGUCUAAUGGGUGAAUUUAAGAUUGACAUUGGCUAUGUUUAUGAUGAGCCUGGCCAUGCAGUCAUGAGAAAAUGGCUUUUGCUGAGUGAUCCUGAAGAUACAAAUUCAGGAGCCAAAGGCUAUAUGAAAGUCAGCAUAUUUGUCCUGGGAACUGGAGAUGAGCCACCAGUUGAAAAAAGAGAGAGAGAUAAUGAAAGUGAUGAUGUGGAGAGCAAUCUUUUAUUACCAGCUGGGACUGCACUUCGAUGGGUCACUUUCCUUCUCAAAAUCUACAGAGCUGAGGACAUUCCACAGAUGGAUGAUGCUUUUGCACAAACUGUCAAGGAAAUAUUUGGAGGAGAAGCAGACAAGAAAAACCUGGUAGAUCCAUUUGUAGAAGUUUCUUUUGCUGGGAAAAAGGUUUGCACAAACAUAAUUGAGAAAAAUGCUAAUCCAGAAUGGAAUCAAAUUAUUUAUCUUCAAAUUAAGUUUCCCUCGAUGUGUGAGAAAAUAAAAAUUUCAGUUGUUGACUGGGAUCGACUUACAAAAAAUGAUGUAGUCGGAACAACAUAUUUAAGUCUCUCAAAAAUUGCUUCUUCUGGAGGGGAGGUUGAAGAUUUUUCAUCUUCGGGAACAGGGGCUUCAUCAUAUGAAGUAAACUCUGGAGAAACUGAAGUUGGCUUUUUACCAACAUUUGGGCCUUGUUACCUAAACUUUUAUGGAAGUCCAAGAGAAUACACUGGAUUCCCAGACCCUUAUGAUGAAUUAAACUUUGGAAAGGGAGAAGGAGUUGCAUAUAGAGGGAGAAUUCUGGUUGAACUAUCUACAUUAUCUGAAAGCAAGCCUGUUAAUAAAAAAUUAGAAAUUAUUCCUAGUGAUGACUUACUGGUUGUCGAGAAAUACCAGCGCAGACGGAAGUUCUGCUUGGCUGCUGUGUUCCAUUCUGCCACGAUGCUGCAAGACACGGGGGAGCCCAUCCAGUUCGAGGUGAGCAUCGGCAACUACGGCAACAAGUUCGACACCACCUGCAAGCCCCUGGCAUCCACCACCCAGUACAGCCGCGCCGUGUUCGAUGGUAACUAUUAUUACUACUUGCCAUGGUCAAACACAAAGCCAGUUGUAACGCUGACUUCUUUUUGGGAGGACAUAAGUCAUAGAUUAGACCCUGUGAAUGUAAUCCUAAACAUGGCUGAAAGACUGCAAUCCAACUUAGCCACCUUAAAGUCAGGAAUGCAGGCUAAAAUGUCUGAAAACAGAUUAGCUGAGAUGUGGUUGAAGCUGAUUGAUGAACUUACAGAAGACUUAAGUAAACCAUUUCCCCUCAUAGAAGGCAAAUCUAAUAUUACAGUCCUUGACACUCAGAUAGAAAAGCUGCGCCUCAAGUCUCUCAAACAGAUUGGAGAAGCAGCAGCAAGGAUGAGAAGUGAAGCUACUGAGGUGAAAGCCACUCUGACAGAAAUUGAGGACUGGUUGGAUAGAUUACUGCAACUGAGUGAAGAGCCACAAAACAGCAUGCCUGAUGUGAUCAUAUGGAUGAUCCGAGGGGAGAAAAGACUGGCCUAUGCUCGUGUUCCUGCACACCAAGUGCUGUACUCCACAGCGAGCCCUGAAUCAUCUGGUAAAUAUUGUGGAAAGACCCAAACAAUCUUCUUAAAGUACCCACAGGACAAGACGAAAGAUGUCAAAAUGCCUGCAGAGCUGCGAAUUAACAUUUGGCUGGGGCUCAGUGCAGUUGAAAAGAAGUUUAACAGCUUUGCAGAGGGAACAUUCAGUGUUUUUGCAGAAAUGUAUGAAAAUCAGGCUCUCCUUUUUGGAAAGUGGGGUACCUCAGGACUUGUUGGUCGCCAUAAGUUUUCUGAUGUUACAGGAAAAAUCAAACUUAAAAGAGAAUACUUUCUACCCCCAAAGGGCUGGGACUGGGAAGGAGAAUGGAUGGUUGAUCCUGAAAGAAGUCUGUUGACUGAAGCUGAUGCUGGCCAUACUGAGUUUACUGAUGAGGUGUAUGAAAAUGAGAGUCGCUAUCCUGGAGGGGAAUGGAAAGCAUCCGAGGAGAGUUUCACUGAUGUGAACGGAGAAAAAGCCCCACCCCCACGUGAAUUCACAUGUCCUUUUGGAUGGGUGUGGGAAGAUGAUGCUUGGAAAUCCGAUUUAAAUCGAGCAGUGGAUGAGCAUGGGUGGGAAUAUGGAAUUACUAUUCCUCCAGACACUAAACCCAAGUCAUGGGUUGCUGCAGAGAAAAUGUACCACACACAUCGACGACGAAGGCUGGUGCGGAAACGCAGGAGGGAACAGCCUGAAGGAAUGACAGCAGGAAGGGGAAGGUCAUCAUAUGAAGACCAAGAAGGAUGGGAAUAUGCUUCCUUGAUUGGCUGGAAAUUUCACUGGGAACAACGCAGUUCUGAUACUUUCCGUCGAAGGCGAUGGAGACGAAAAAUGGCUCCCUCAGAGACACAUGGUGCUGCGGCUAUCUUUAAACUUGAAGGUGCUCUGGGAGCAGACAAUAGUGCUGAUGAUGGAGAAGGGAAGAGUUCAGACAAAGCCAAGGAGUCAGCUACAACAGUGUUUGGUGCCAAUACACCAAUGGUUUCCUGCUAUUUUGACAGAGUAUAUACUUACCACCUUCGCUGUUACAUCUACCAGGCAAGAAACCUCAUGGCUUUAGACAAAGACAGUUUUUCAGAUCCAUAUGCCCAUGUUUCUUUCCUCCAUCAAAGCAAAACAACUGAGAUCAUUCAUUCAACUCUAAAUCCUACAUGGGACCAAACUCUCAUAUUCAAUGAAAUUGAGAUCUAUGGGGACCCACAGUCAAUAGCCCAAAACCCACCUAAUGUUGUUAUUGAACUUUUUGACAGUGACCAAGUGGGUAAAGAUGAAUUCCUUGGAAGAAGUGUUUGUUCCCCCAUGGUCAAGUUAAUCCCAGAAGAUGACAUCACACCAAAACUGCUCUGGUAUCCUGUAACAAAUAAUGGCAAAGCUUGUGGAGACAUUCUUUUUGCUGCAGAACUUAUUUUGAGAGACAAGGGUGGUACCAACCUUCCAAUUCUUCCAUCACAAAGGGCACCAAAGCUUUACAUGGUCCCUCAAGGAAUCAGACCAGUAGUUCAACUCACUGCUGUUGAGAUUCUGGCCUGGGGGUUGCGGAACAUGAAAAACUACCAGCUGGCACCUGUUAUGUCUCCAAGUCUAAUUGUGGAAUGUGGGGGUGAAAUGGUGGAAUCUGUGGUGAUCAAAAACCUCAAAAAGACACCGAAUUUUCCAUCUUCUGUUCUCUUCAUGAAAGUUCUGUUACCAAAAGAGGAGUUAUACAGUCCAUCUCUUGUUAUUAAAGUAAUAGACCACAGACCAUUUGGAAGGAAGCCCAUCGUGGGACAAUGUACUAUUGACUUACUGGAAAGCUUUCGCUGUGACCCCUACACUACUAAACAGGACAUUGCACCUCAGCUGAAAGUUAGUCUGCUCUCUGCUGCACCUCGCCAGGAUAUAGUAAUUGAUAUGGAGGACACACAGCCACUGCUAACAGCUCAGCUCACAGAAAAGGAGGAAGAAAUUGUUGAUUGGUGGAGCAAAUUUUAUGCUUCAAUAGGAGAAUAUGAAAAAUGUGGACAGUACAUUAAAAAAGGAUAUGACACUUUAAAGGUGUAUGACUGUGAAUUAGAAAAAGUACCUGAAUUCAAUAACUUAACAGACUUCUGUGACACAUUUAAAUUAUACAGAGGGAAAUCUGAGGAGAGUGAUGAUCCAUCAGUGGUCGGGGAAUUCAAGGGCUCCUUCAGGAUCUACGCCCUGCCCGACGACCCGGCCGUGGCGGCGCCGCCGCGGCAGUUCCGGGAGCUGCCGGACAGCGGCCCCCAGGAGUGCAUCGUGCGCAUCUACAUCGUGCGGGCCCUGCAGCUGCAGCCGCAGGACAACAACGGGCUGUGCGAUCCUUAUAUAAAAAUAACGCUGAGUAAAAAAGUGAUUGAAGACAGAGAUCAUUAUGUGCCUAAUACCCUCAACCCAAUCUUUGGCAGAAUGUAUGAACUCAGCUGCUUCUUGCCUCAAGAAAAGGAUCUGAAAAUUUCAGUCUAUGAUUAUGAUGCAUUGACUCGUGAUGAAAAAGUGGGUGAAACCAUAAUUGAUCUGGAAAACAGAUUCCUUUCUCGUUAUGGAUCUCACUGUGGCAUCCCCCAGCAGUACUGGAUUUCAGGUGUGAAUACCUGGCGUGAUCAACUAAAACCCACACAGUUAUUGCAAAAUGUAGCCAGGUUUAAAGGCUAUGCUCCUCCUGUCCUCUCUGAGAAUGGCAGAAAGAUUAACUAUGGGGGUCAAGACUAUACUUUGGAGGAUGCUGAAGCUAACAAAAUCUUACAUCAGCAUCUUGGUCCGUGUGAAGAGCGCUUAGCCCUUCAUAUCCUCAGAACCCAGGGUUUGGUACCUGAACAUGUGGAAACAAGAACCUUAUAUAGCACUUUCCAGCCCAACAUCUCCCAGGGAAAGCUGCAGAUGUGGGUGGAUGUUUUCCCCAAAAGCUUAGGACCACCAGGCCCUCCGUUCAACAUCACUCCCCGAAAAGCCAAGAAGUAUGUCCUGCGUGUGAUCAUCUGGAACACCAAAGAUGUCCUUCUGGAUGAAAAGAGCAUCACAGGAGAAGAAAUGAGUGACAUCUAUGUGAAGGGAUGGAUGCCUGGUAAUGAAGAAAAUAAGCAGAAAACUGAUGUUCACUACCGAUCAUUAGAUGGAGAAGGGAACUUUAACUGGAGAUUUGUUUUUCCUUUUGACUAUCUCCCUGCAGAGCAACUCUGUUUAGUUUCCAAAAAGGAACAUUUUUGGAGUCUUGACAAGACAGAAUUCAGAAUCCCACCCAAACUGAUCAUUCAAAUAUGGGAUAAUGACAAGUUCUCCUUGGAUGACUACCUGGGCUUUGUGGAACUUGAUUUACAUAAAACAAUCAUUCCAGCAAAAGUUCCUGAGAAGUGUAAUAUAGACAUGAUUCCAGAGUACAAGGCAGACAGUCCUCAGAAGGCUCCCAGGACUGCCUCUCUCUUUGAGCAGAAAUCCAUGAAAGGAUGGUGGCCAUGCUAUGUUGAAAAGGACGGCUCACGUAUUUUAGCAGGUAAAGUUGAAAUGACACUGGAAGUUGUCAAUGAAAAAGAAGCUGAGGAAAGGCCAGCUGGUAAAGGAAGAGAUGAACCCAACAUGAACCCCAAACUAGAUCUACCAAACCGGCCAGAUACUUCCUUCCUUUGGUUUACAAAUCCCUGCAAGACCAUGAAAUUCAUUGUGUGGCGCAGGUUUAAAUGGCUCUUCCUAGGCCUCAUCAUCUUGCUGAUUCUCCUCCUGUUUGUAGCAGUGCUGCUCUACUCCCUGCCGAAUUAUUUGUCAAUGAAGAUCGUGAAACCAAUUUAAGGAAGAAUUUUUUACCUCAUCUUUUUAAAUAGUGCUGAAAUUUCGCCCCAGGCUGUGGACCAAAAUCAGCAAGGCUCUCCAUCCUUUGUAUCUGCUUGUAUUUA